AACUUAAUUCAAUUCAAGUAAUAAUAAUUUUUUCAAAAGCAAACAAAAAGUAUUAUCUCUCUGUCUUGAUCUAAAAACUUCAAGAUUUUGCAUCAAAUUACAGUUUUAUAGCUGACUUUGUGGAGGUUGAACUAUUUAUUAUCCGUUAUUACAGCUAAUAUUCUUGUAACCGGUGCUACAGCUUGAAGAUAUAGCUUUGGAUGAAGUUUGCCUCAGCAAUGAUCAUAUAAUGCCACAUCCUAGUUGUAAACAUGCCAAUGAACUUCUCUCCUAGACUGAUAGCCGUAAGAAACCUCAGUAUGAAGUAAUUGGUUUAUUAAGAACCAAAGGAGGUCAAUCUACCCUUAGAUAUAAUAAUCAGCAAAAGGACAAAGAAUUUCCUCCUUUGAAUAGUAUAAUCGCCACAAUGUUGGAGAAGGACUCAAGAGCUGGUAUGCUUGACUGUGUCGAAGAAGUUUCAAGUCUAGCAUCUGAAAAUACUAGGACAUCAAAUUAUUGCUCCAGAAGUAACAAUAGAGACUCCACUAGCGGUGGCUUCCAUUCUAAUGGCCCCAUUCUGGAUGACAAGAAUGCUGCAGUUGGGGAAAACCUGUAUAGCUAUUCGCUUGUUCCCAUUUCUCAGGCAGAUAAUGAUCUCAGUUUUUUUGAUAGUAAUCACGAGGAUAAAAACACUACCGAUCUCUUAUAUUAUAGCUGGCCUGAGAUGGAAAACUUUGAGGAUGUUGACAGGAUGUUCAGGAGUUGCGAUUCAACUUUUGGACUUGGAGCUAGUAUUGAAGAUGCCCUUGGUUUGUUUCCGUCAUCUGAUGUUAUUGAAGGAUCUGGAGGUGGAUUGAGAUCAGAUUUCGAGUUUCCCUGCCCAUCGUCCAGCGCACUUGAAAAUAUCUCUGGAAGUCAGGAAGCUUCCAGGAGAAAGGAAACAUGCAGUUCGAUUAAUGAUUCGGGCACUAAAGAUGAUCCGUUUAGUCAUACUGGCAGUUCAAUGCCCUCAGAGGAUGAUUCAGCCUUUCUGAAUCAUCUAUAUUUUCUAAAUGGAUCGAGUGAUUCAGAUUGCAAGAUAGUGCCCAAAAAGAAGAUUAAUCUGCAUAAAAAGCACUCUAAGCACCGGAAUCAAUCUGAGGGGAAAACAAAAGAUGUUUACUUGGGAACUGGAGAGACAUACAACUAUAUUAAUAGCCUUCCAGAAGAGAAAAAACAUCCUACUGCAAUCACUGCAUCUCAGGUGGCUCUCACAUCCACAGGUAUUCAGCAGCAAAUGCAAGUUGAUGGAUCUGAUUUUGGGUGUUUUCAGGGUGGCAAUUCUUACUUAUCUUCGGAUUACAGUCAUUCAGAUCAGACUACGGUUUGUCCAACGUUAUCCAUAGUUAAAUCUGGAAAAAGCAGUCUCAUGCCUCUUUCCGCUAAGGACUCCUAUCCAUCAAAUCAGACGCAGUCGAUGGAAAGCUUACCUGAUCCUUCUUUUCAGGUGGCUGGUAUAGGAACAAAUGAAAAUAUGGCGGAGAAGCUACUUCACCAUUCUGGAGUUAAGCAUGAAAAUAACAGGGAUCUUGGAAGUGUCUGCACGGGAAUUCCAGCAGAAUUAGGUUCCUCAAUUGUAAAGGAGAGCUCCUGCAUAAGUUUUGGUUUGAAUGAAAUUUCUGAGGAAGCAAAGAGUUUUCAUCAGCUUCAACGUGUCAUGGAACGGUUGGAUAUACGAACAAAGCUACGCAUAAGGGAUAGCUUGUAUCGGUUGGCUCAAAGUGCUGAACAAAGGCUUAGAUAUGCUAAUCUCAAUAAUGGAUCUGGUGAUAAUCGAAGCACAAGCGGAGCUUUUGUUGACGAUGGAGCAUACAGGUGCACAGGAUAUUUGGACAUGGAGACGAACACAAACUCUAUAGAUCGAUCUAUUGCUCAUUUGCUUUUCCACAGGCCUUCAAACUCAUCUGUGAUGCCUGAUUCUUUGGCUUUGAAGUCACCUUCCAUGGUAGGUGUUUCGACAUAUGCUUCCAAAUUUCCUAUUCAACAAUCUGUAUCUCAAAACAUACCCUGCAACUUAUCGGUGAACAGAUGUAUGGGUCUUCGAGUAGCCCUCAAAUGAUUGGUGAGAACUCAAUUUCUGCUGUAGAAAAUGCAGCCGAAACAGAUAAGAGGAAUUGCUGAUCAAAGACAAAAUAUUAAAGAAGCUCGAAUACAAAUGUGUUCUGUUUACUUUCAAUGUAUGUCACAUGGAAUCGCGUACAUGUAAGUGCAUGUAUGUAUCUCCGAUGUGUACGUUUUUUUUUUUCCGGUUGUUUAGUGUAAUUUGAAGAAUCUGCACGAAGUAUCCACAAUCAUGUCGCCACCCUUUUGAUAUGGUUACAUCAAACCAAAUUAGGGUCUGUAUCAAAUGGCUUCCAAUUACUUCUCUGUUUAUGUAUAAGAAUUAUCGAGAAUCUCGAACGAGAAAUUAUUUCACGCGCUCGUUCACUUCUACAUAAAAGUGCUUCAUGUUUUUGAUGUUUAA